GGCGGGAGAAGGCGAGAGGCACAGCGGCCGGCAAAGACGGAGCAUCCUCGGCCUCCCCUGCGACCGACAGCGCAUCCCAGCAGCAUGGAGCCCAAGGGACUGCUUGUCGCCAGCUUCUCCGUGAUGUUUCUUUUCUGCCUCCAGAGCCCCUCUGCCCACCCCAUCGAUAGCCUCAGCCCCGCCAAGGAGCUAGCCAGCAUGGAGGCGCUUCUGGAGAGGCUGGAGGAGAAGGUGUCCCUGAUGGAACAGCUGAGGAACGCCCCCGGCCCCGAGGAAGCCGAACCCCAGAGCGUGGGCCUGGAGGCACUCUCCGCGGACGGGGUCGAGCCCGGGGACGACUCUGCCCCCUUCCUCUCCGACCGGGGCGCCCUGCUGAAGCGCAUGCGGGGGCUGCAGGUGGCCAAGAGCAUGCGGGAAUCCGGCUGCUUCGGCAGGCGGCUGGACCGGAUCGGGGCCGUGAGCGGCAUGGGAUGCAAAGGGAUAAGAAGGCAUUAAAGCACAGAUUCCUGUUGCCUGCUUCCCAAAAGGAUUCCUGAUGUUUGACGGCACGCGGUUUUCUGAAGAUGCCCCGAUCAACCCGCGCUUUCUAAAAAUCUCUGGAACGGAUGGAAAGUUCCUGCUAUUUAUUAAUUAAUUUAUUGAUUUAUUUAUUAUUUGAUCUGUUUGUUUGGGUUUGCUUUUUUUCCUUUCUUUUUCUUUCUUUUUCUUACUUUCAAGCCCAGAGACCAUUGCUUGAACUUACAAAAAUAAUAAAGAGAAACACUCUAGCUCUU